ACACAUAACUACUUUUAUCCACCAAAUGAAUCACCGCCUCUAGAUGUUAUUGAUAUUCAGUUGUCAGAAUUGGAUUUUUUAUUUGAAAAAUUGAGCUUGGAAGAUCUUCAAAAUGUCAGAAAACAAUUGGACUCUACUCAAGACAGACAUGGUGCAAAACAAAUUUUGGUAAAAGAGGCUUCAAUGCUUGUGAGUUCGGGGGUUUUAUCAGUGGAUUCUUUUAAAUAUUUUAAGUCAGACCCAAUAGAUGUAAUUGAAAAUCAGAAUGUAACUGAAAAUCAAGUCCAAAAGGUUACAGAUGUUGAAGAGCAUAGAGUUAUAGAAGAGGUCCCGAAAGAGCGACAGUGGAGUGUAGAAGAAAUAUCAUUAUUAAUUAAGGCAGCCAAUAAAUUCCCUGGAGGAAGCUUAAACAGAUGGGAGAGGAUCAGUGAAUAUGUGGCUGAUCAUUCAGGAUUGCCACCUAGAACGAAUGAAGAACUAAUUAAAAAGUCUAAAGAAGUCCAAAAAGGUGCAACUGCAUUGGAUGAAGAUGUACGCAAGUUGCAACAUCAAAAAAAGCAUGCGGACACACGCAUUACUGAGAGUCCAUCUAUGCGAGAAGCAACAAUCAAUUAUGAUGCAUCGCCAACAACGUCCACUGCUCCUGCACCUGCAGCGAAUGGACCCGUAGCAACAACCAAUGUAUGGGCAGCAGCCCAACAAGCACAAUUAGAACGUGCAUUGCAAGCAUAUCCACCAUCUUGGAAAGGAGAGGGUGAUAGAUGGGAUAAAAUUGCAGAGGCAGUUGAAAAUAAAACGAAGAAAGAAUGCAAACUGAGAGUCAAGUAUUUGGCUGAACAAGUUAAAGCAAAGAAAGCUGCACAAUCAACCUGA